GAGUCGGAAAGCCUCAACCGGCUUAAGUCGCAACAGAAACGUCACCCCCUCUGGCAUUGGACAUUGGACAUUGGACCGUCACGUAAUAUGUCCACUCCAAACCGAGAUGGUUCGGUUUCACCCAUGACAGGGAGUCCUCGUACAUUGUCUCCCGUAAAUACACGUCUUAACGCGCCGUCUUCUACAUCUCCAAACGACAGUCCGUCAACCGCUGCCGUACUCGUUCAUACUCUCCCACUUCCCGACCCAUCCUCGACCCAAUCCACCUCGAAAUCGGACUCGGAGCAAGCAACUGACUACCUAAAUGGCGGACGAUCGCACGACAAUCUCGCUCCCCUUAAUGUCACGUCGUCCGCUUUCUUGAGUCAGACGGCUGCUGUGCGAUCUCCUUCUCCCCUAAGAAAUUCUGAAAUACAACUACCAGACGGAGAUGUUGACAUACAGGGCGAUCCGACCUCAUCUGGACGGCGCAGUGUACAGUUUGCUCGCGCGGAUGUACUAGUUGACCCUCCGCAACAUGUUAGACAGGGAUCGUGGGACGAAGAGGAUACAAAGAACAGAUCUCGUAGUGAGAGAUGGAUUUUAAGGCUGAGAUCGACUCUGGGUAGCUCCGGUACUAUCCAGCCCCCCAGGUCCCCAGGAGUUUCUGAACUUGCAUCCACCCCGGCUUCGCCAGUUGUCGGCCGAUCUUAUCGUGUUCCAGACACUUUGGAUGAAGAGGAAGGAAGCGAUGCUGAUGUAGAGGCAAGUGCUGAUGAGGGUCAGGAUAGAGAUGCGCCCAAGAGCAAAAGAAAGAGGAUGCGGCGCCGUCUAAAGCAGUUAGACAUGUUUACCGCUCCAAAUUCCCCGAGGCUUGAUGAUCUCGAGUCGCCUAGGGCAAGUCGUUUGAACACCAUGGUUAGACGCUCAACGAUGCCCGAGCCAGCUGAGCAUCGUGGUGGAAUGUCUGAGGGAGAAGGUCGCGACCGCUUAAUUGGUCGUCGGCCUGCGUGGACUCGUGGAAGCUCGUGGAUCGGCGCUCAGCGGACUGGACAUCCUAGUGCUGAUGAUACUGAACUCGCGCAACCCCGUACACCAGGUCAUCGCCGUCGCAUUUCUGAGAUGUUUGGAGCAGGCGGGGCAUCAGACGGUGAAUGGUUAGCAACGCCGAAACGACCGUUCCUGGGUGCGGACCGCGCUGCAACCUUCGGUGCUCACAGAUGGAGACAAGUAAAGCAUACCUUAAAAAUGUUGGGAAAGAAGAAGACAGAUCAAUUCGAUUUUUACAAAUCUGCCGAACUCAUGGCUGAAUUACGAGCAGUUACGCCAGCCGUUGUCAUUCUCGCGAGCAUGCUCCAGAGAGAUGAACACGGGAACAAGCGAAUACCUGUCCUUCUUGAGCAGCUUAACCUCCGGGUCAUCGACAGUCGUCCGGAAGAUAGCAAUAGCGAGAGACACACUAUCUUUACAAUCGCCUUGGAGUACGGUAGCGGACUCAGUCGGAUGAGUUGGACCGUCACUCGUAGCGUUAGAGAAAUCUGGAAUAUUCACUGGAAAUACAGGCUAUCUCUGAAGAACGACAUCACGCUUCAGACUACGACGAACCAACGGAAUCGCCCUAAGCAGCCUCGAUUUCCCAGAAAGGCUUUCCCUUAUCUACGGACUUACCAAAACCUCGAGGAGUCCGACGAUGAAGAAAAGCCACCGGGGACUAGAGCCGAUGACACGGUUGCUGAAGGCACCGCGGGCGAAGGCACUGCCGCUGAAAAUACUGCUAGCGAUAAUGAUAGGCGAGCAAACCCGUUGAGGAAGAAAUCGCGUAUCAACACAUUCUUACCGCGCCGACAAUCAUCUGGUAUCGGCGACAAUGGAGAAACGUCACUCGCGGGUGCCUAUAACUCGGCAGCGCUGAAGAAGAAAUACGUCGAAAGACAGAGGAAAACCCUAGAGAAAUACUUACAAGAGAUGGUUCACUGGUUGAUGUUUCGUGCCGAUAGCAAUCGCCUCUGCAAAUUCUUAGAACUUUCUGCGCUUGGUGUACGACUAGCAGCGGAAGGUAGUUUUCACGGAAAGGAAUGUUACCUGCAUAUACAAUCUACAAAAGGUAUCGACUUCCGACGAGUGCUUAAUCCCCAAAAGGUUAUAGCACGGCACUCUCGCAAAUGGUUUCUAGUCCGACAGAACUAUAUCGCCGUUGUCGAGUCACCGGCAACUAUGAACAUCUACGAUGUUUAUCUUGUCGAUCCUCUCUUCCGCGUUGUAUCUAAAAAGAACAAGCUCAGACGUUUCGGGGCAAAAUUGAAAGUUGAGGCCCAAAGAAGGGACGAUGACAAUCAUCUUACUGAUGAAGAAUCCCACGGGAAACACCACACGCUUAAGCUAUAUUCUGCAGACCGGAAGAUCAAGUUGUUCUCCCGUAAUCAGACAGUACUUCGCCAAUUUGAAGAAUCUGUCCUUGAUAUGCUGAAGCAGACUCAAUGGCACGAGCCUCACAGAUUUGACAGCUUCGCGCCUGUACGGAAGGCAUCAUUUGCUCAGUGGCUAGUCGACGGACGUGACUAUAUGUGGAAUGUUUCCCGUGCUAUAAGCAUGGCGCAAGAUGUCAUCUACAUUCACGAUUGGUGGUUGAGCCCUGAGCUAUACAUGCGGCGACCGGCGUGCAUCAGCCAGAAAUGGCGGUUGGAUCGGUUACUCCAGAGGAAAGCCAGAGAAGGUGUCAAGGUGUUUAUCAUCAUUUACAGGAACGUGGAGCAAGCCAUACCGAUAGACUCCGAGUAUACGAAAUUUUCUCUCCUUAACCUUCACGACAAUAUUCUGGUCCUAAGAUCACCAAAUCAGUUGAAGAAGAACCAGUUUUUUUACGCCCACCACGAGAAGAUUUGCAUUGUGGACCACGAUGUGGCCUUCCUUGGCGGGAUCGAUCUUUGCUUCGGCCGUUGGGAUAACCCACAGCACCCGAUUGCAGACGACCGGCCAACGGGCAUGGAACCAGACGGAAACAGCCCUCGAGACGCGGAACAUUGCCAGCUUUUCCCUGGCAAAGAUUAUUCAAAUCCCCGUGUCUUGGACUUCUUCAAACUUAAUGAGCCUUACGAAGAAAUGUACGAUAGGAGCAAGGUACCAAGAAUGCCCUGGCAUGACAUUGCGAUGCAAGUUGUUGGACAGCCAGCGCGUGACCUUACCCGCCAUUUUGUACAGCGAUGGAAUUACUUGCGGCGUGAGCGUAAACCAACUCGACCUACGCCCUUCCUACUUCCUCCACCCGAUGCCAACCCGGUAGACCUGGAGGCCCUUGGUUUGUCUGGAACGUGCGAAGUCCAGAUCUUGCGUUCGGCAGGUGAUUGGUCUCUGGGUUAUCCGAAAGACAUAAGAGAACACAGUAUCCAGUCAGCAUAUGUAAAGCUUAUUGAAGAAUCCGAGCACUUUGUCUAUAUGGAAAAUCAAUUUUUCAUUACGAGUACCGAGACAAUGAAUACCAGGGUUGUUAACCGUAUCGGGGAUGCUUUAGUCGAGCGCAUUAUUAGGGCCCACGAGAAAGACGAGGAUUGGCGUUGUUGCAUCCUGAUCCCCCUUAUGCCUGGUUUCCAGAAUACAGUGGAUCAAGCGGAGGGCAGCAGUGUUCGUUUGAUCAUGCAAUUCCAAUAUCGAAGCAUAUGCCGAGGCCCGCACUCAAUCUUCGGACGGUUACAGGCAGUGGGGAUCGAGCCAGAAGAUUAUAUCUCAUUCUUUAGUCUGAGACAAUGGGGCAAAAUUGGUCCCCAUAGUCAGCUUGUGACAGAGCAGCUUUAUAUCCACGCAAAAACUAUCAUCGUGGAUGAUCGUGUUGCGCUGAUCGGAUCAGCCAACAUAAACGAGCGUUCCAUGCUUGGUAACCGAGACUCCGAAGUUGCUGCUAUUGUUCGAGACACUGAGAUGAUGUGGUCAACGAUGGCAGGGGAGGCUUACCGAGUUGGUCGAUUUGCUCACACUCUUCGUAUGCGACUGAUGAGAGAACACCUUGGGCUAGACGUGGAUGAGAUAACGGAAGAAGAAAGGCAAGCAGAGAUCAACGCCGAGGCUCGCUUCGAAGCAGAGAUGAAUCAAUUGUAUGGAGAUGACGACGAAAGCCCACCUGCAGAGAGUUCAGAAGCUGCGGGACCUAGCACUUUCAACCGCACGUCAAGUUUCAACCAUUUCGCCGUGGAAGAAGGCGCGGGAUACGAGUCUGCCUCUUCAGGAUCGUCUAGUUCGUCUAGUUCAUCAGCCAGAUCGCCGGAACGUGAUCCGCGGGUACACGAGAAUGAAAAACAUAUAAAGGAUGUUGAGGGAUACGGCCCAGAUAAUUGGAAGGCAGCGCAAGCAAAAGGUAUUGAUCGUGGAAACGAUUCGGUUGUGUUAAAUGGGCACGAGGUUCUUCUCCACAGGAAGAGUCACUCUAAAAAUCAUAAGGCAGACGCCAAGACUGGUGGGCGACAUUCAGAGAUGCCUUCUCAGGAUUCAUUACAAAAUAAGGGGAAUGAUGAACUGCCCCCGGCCCAGUCAGAUCCCCAAGCGAAUUCUCAGUUGCCGCACCCUGUACAGCUUCCAGGGUUACCGGUUCAGGACGAUACCGACAUAGGUGGUCCUCCGGUGCGAUUAGACGAUUCGGGAAAGCCCACGAAUGAGCCCUUAAAUCCACUGGUUGCCGAUAUCGUGCAAGCCAGAAUCGACAAAGACUGUAUGCGUGACCCUGUUCACUCCGCAUUCUGGGAUAAUAUCUGGGCGAGAGUCGCCUCGAAUAAUACGAAAUUAUACCGCCGGGUUUUCCGUUGUAUGCCCGAUAAUGAUGUGACCACGUGGAAAGAAUACAACGAGUUUGAGGACUAUGCGCACCGAUUUAAAGAGAGCAUGGCAGGCCCAAGAAACGAUGAGUCGGAAACGAGCCAGAUGAACCUCAUGGGUGGAGCAGGAGCAGGUAUCGCAGCACCAGCUGCUGCACAGGGAAUUCCUGGUAUCUCCGAAAAGAUCCAUGCUGAGCAGCACACCGAGAGCAAUCCUAAGGUUGUAGUGUCUGACGGGAACACAAGCACCUUGAACGAAAAGGCGCCAAUUUCCGAUGGUAGCCAUCCUUCUGGAAAGGAGAAGCCUGAUAUUGGCUUAGACACGGAGAGAGUUCGUCCUAAGAAUUCUCUAGAAACACCUUCGCCAGUACAGUCUGGUGGAGAUACUCCGUUCCCAGCGUACGAGGGUCAGACUGAUUCGACAUAUCUUGAACCGCAGGGCGAUAAGAGAGAUCGGCGGGCUACGUUUUCAUCGGCCGAGAAAUCGGCACCGGAAUCUGGCAGCACUGCUAACCCCUCUAAUCACAAUUCGACGAGGCGCCGCCGACGAGCCACUACUAAGGGUAGCCGACGCGGACCGGUCUUCCCGUACGAACUCCUCGGCCGCGAUGAAGCUGAAGAGCUCUGCGGCUUGAUCCAGGGUACGCUAGUGGAAUUCCCCUACAACUGGCUCGAAGCUGAGGAGAAGGAUAAUCACUGGCUGUACCAGGCUGAUUUGUUGGCGCCUAAGGAAAUAUAUGACUAAACGAACCUCUUCGCUACCUAGGCCUAUAAGGGCCAUUUAUCUACUAUAAGUCCUACGGGCAUCCCAAGCACGGAAUAAGCAUGGCGAAGAGCGGAUAGAGGAGUUAUCAUCAUCUUGUUUUGGUUGCCUAUCCUAUAGCUUAUUAUAAUAUGCAUGCCUCAUCCCACACAGCGUAUUAAUAAUGAGGGAGGCUUUCAUUAUUAGGUCUAGGUAUCUACCUAGAUAUACUUUUACUAUACACACGCCUUCAUACACGCAUGGGAAGAAUGUUGUC